AUGUCGGGUGGUUUAGAUAUGUCACUUGACGAUAUCAUCAAAUCCAACCGGAAACCUACGGGAUCUCGUGGCCGAGGCACCGGUGGUGGUACUAGUACCGGUGGUCGUGGCGGUUCCGGUCCGUCUCGCCGAUUUGCUAACCGUGUAGGAGCAAGAACGACGCCGUAUUCAAGGCCGAUUCAACAACAACAAGCUCAAGACGCGAUGUGGCAGAACGACGUUUUCGCGACUGAUGCGUCUGUAGCGGCUGCGUUUGGUCAUCAAUCUGUAGGUGUUGUUGGUGGUUCUUCAAUCGAGACUGGAACUAAGCUCUACAUUUCCAAUUUAGAUUAUGGCGUCUCCAACGAAGAUAUCAAGGAGCUUUUCUCAGAGGUCGGUGACCUUAAGCGAUAUGGGAUUCACUAUGAUAGGAGUGGAAGAUCGAAGGGUACUGCUGAGGUUGUGUAUUCGCGGCGUGGUGAUGCUUUGGCAGCUGUGAAGCGUUACAACAAUGUUCAAUUGGAUGGAAAACUGAUGAAGAUAGAGAUUGUUGGUACUAAUCUUUCAGCUCCGGCUCCUACAAUUCUUGCUCCAGCUCAGAUUCCUUUUCCUGCAAAUGGGAUACUUGGGAACUUUAAUGAGAACUUUAAUAGCAACUUCAAUGGGAAUUUCAAUGGAAACUUCAGUGCCUAUUAA